UACAGUCCGUGAUAAAUGUUGAACUUCCGAUGUAUUUUGACCAUAAUCGUUUCUCAUCACUUUCUCCUUUAUAGAAAUGGUAGAUUAUACUUAUUCAGAUGAUGGAAUGCCAAUUCCAAAACACACUGGAGCUUUCGCGAACCCAUUUGCCUCAGAAGAAGAUGUGACAAAUAUUUUUGAUAUUCGCGAAGACGGGUUUGAUGUGACCCUUUCAUUGGCAAAUGGAAACAUCAGCUGGGUCAGUGUCAGCGGCAAUAAGGGUGUGAGAUCAAAGGGACUUUUUAAAAAGAAAAAGGGUGUUGCUGAGGAGGUUUUACCUCUCGAGGAUAUUCUAGGUGUAAAGAUAAAACGUCGUAAAACAACAGCACAACAUGAAGGAGAGGGCAUGUGUCAAGGUUUUACUAUUUAUGCCUUUCAAGUCUUUGGUCCAAAUAAUUUAAAGGAAAGAAUUAUAGAACUGGAACAUCCAAGUGAAAAAAUUUGUAAAGAAUAUUGUGAGAAAAUAACAGAUUAUUUAGAUGCAAUAAAAGAUCGACCUAAAUCAAUGAAGUUAUAUAUACAAAGUCAUGCAGGACCACAUAACAGUAAUAAUAUCUACAAACAGAAAAUACAGCAUCUGUUUGAAGCAGCUAAUUUAAUUGUAGAUUCUACAGAGAUACAGCAUAAUGAAUAUGUGAAACAGGAAAUGAUACAUCUAGAAUUAGAUCAGUAUGAUUGUAUUUGUUGUGUUGGUGGAGAUGGUACUGUUAGUAAAUUGACCACAGCAUUAUUAAAUAAAAUCCAAGCUAAUAAACAUAUAGAUCUCAAAAAUGGAUUGACGCCAGCAAGAUGUCAUAUUCCAUUGGGAAUUAUCCCAACAGGAACCACAAAUCAGGCAGCUAAAUCAGUAUUAGGUCAGUUAGAUCCAGUCAGUGCUGCAAUUAAUAUAAUACUAGGUAGAACAGCUGCUGUAGAUGUUGUCUCAAUUUUCCACAAAGAUAAAUUUUUACAAUGGGGUUUUAUAUGCCAGUAUGGCUUUGCUGGAAAUGUUCUCAAAUUAGCCAAAAAAUAUAACCGUGUAGGACUUGGUAGUAAAGGAUUAGAUGCAGCAGUAGUUAAAGCACUUAGUAAAUCUAAAUUCAGAAUGUAUGAAUGUGAUAUAGAAUAUCUCCCUGCAGACCCUCUACCUGUUGAACAGAAUUAUAAUGUAUGUCGUACAGGAUGUGAUGUGUGUGUACCUAUAGAUGCCAGUAAGCAAGAUGACAAUACAUCUGAUGUAGUUGAGGAAUGCAUAGUACAACCAUUUAAUUCUAGUAGCAAUAGUAAUGAUUUUAAUAGUUUAAGUGAUACUGAAAAUCUCUCAGAAGAAGUAUUAGAAGACAAUCCAUGGAAAGCCUCAAAGGGGAGUUACUAUCAUGUUGGGCUAUAUUGUAUACCAGGCAAUUGUGAGGUGGCUCCUGAAGGUCUCAGUAAAUUUACUCAUUUAUCUGAUGGUGCUAUGGAGUUAGUUUUAGUUAAAGACUGCUCUCGAAGAGAUUUUAUAAGAUAUCUGAAACGUCACGGAAACCAUAAAAAUCAAUUAGAUUUUCCAUUUGUGGAGGUACAUAGGGUAAAAGAAGUCAGAUUUAAGCCUAGAUAUCCAAUGGGUUGGAACUAUAAUGAUACUAAAUAUAAUGAAGUGGAGGAUCGAAUGAAGUCCAUAAAACAUAGAAUGUCUAUUCAAGGAAUUAAGUCAGGUGAUGCGUUUAUAAUUGAUGGCGAAAAUGGAAGCACCCACACCCCAUCACCACGUAGAGCAGACAGUGUAGAAGAUCUUGAUGAUCUGGAUGAUACUGAUGAAGAUGAUGAAGUUGAUGAUGUAUCCCCAACUGGAAGUCGUACAGGCUCUGAGCAUAAAAACAACAACAUAUAUAAGAGACAAGACAAUGUACUUGUAAACAGUGCUCCACAGGAUCAACGACUUGUAGGACUUCAGUAUCGACAAACUUUUGCUGAUGAGGAGAGAUGGAGAAGGAAAAAGAAAGUGCUGAAAAAGGAAGAAAAGAAAAGGAUUAAAGAGGAAUCCAAAAUCCAGACUGUAUGGAAUAUUGAUAAUGAGAUAUGUGAUGACACAUUGUUGAGUUUUAGGGUACAUCAUGGGUUACUGUCUGUAUAUGGAGUUGGUUUAUCACCAGAUACAGUUUUCAUCAAUUCACCAUUAUCCUGCCUACCACUUAUCAACUAGACAAUAACCGAUAUAUUACCUCCCUGUCAUCAGCAGGAGCAAGGAUCCAGUCAUUCAUCAGCAAGAGAAAGGUCCCAGUUGAUCAUUAGCUAAAUAGAAAUUUAUAAACAAUUACUAUGUUAUCAUUGAGUACUAAAAUCUGCAAUUUAACCAUUCACAUGCAUCAUAAUAGAUUGGGAUUGUAGGCUGUGUAAGAGCAAGUAAUGUAUUUCCUUGUAGAGCAAUUAAGUAAUCUACAUAAAGAAACCAGAAGGUUCUCAGAUCCAUGUUUAAAAUUUAUCAACAAAGAGAAACUAGCCUCAAUAAUAAUUUUAUUGAAAUCUAUACACCAUGUACCUGUGCUAUGGUAAUAAAAAUGUAUUUUUGAAAAAAAGUUUGUUUCAAUUUGCUUAUUAUUACUGUAAAACUUGCCUUUUUAAAGUUCAUUUAUUUGUUGUUUUUAAUGUAAAUAAAGUGAUUUGUUGUUCCAUGAAAUUAAUUUUAACUGUUAAUUCUAAUUUCUAGGUAUAUCUUGAAUUGAAUCACAGUGUUUGGUUUUUGUAUGUUUUAUUUAUUUGCAAUCUGAUAAAAGUAUAGAUUUUUGUGUCGCCCCUUCGCUUACAAGGAUCAAAUAACGCUCCAUUCUUAUUUUUUUUAAACAACCUUUCGGGAUCUUUAGGUUUUAUUGUAUUGAUACACACCUUCAAAAAUUUAGAGGCAGACAUUUCAUUGGUUGAUACAAAAGUUAUCAGCACAGAAAGUAGGAUGGAGUGUUGUCAGAUCCUCAUAGAGAAGUGCUGACACAGUAUUUGGAUUCAUUUUAUUGUGAAUGUAAGAUAUUUAUGAGGUGCUUUCUUAUAUUUUGGGAGAUAGAGUUCAAACUAAAAUGUAAGAAGUAUAUUUAUUUAUAUAAAGAAUAACUUUUGUCUUCAAAAGGCAAAAGUGUUUGAUUUUAUUGCUUAUUUUCAUAUACACAUUAAUAAUUAUUGCCUUGUAGUGUAAGUUUUGCACAGUGUAUGACAUUGUUGUGAUUUGUUCAAUUAUUAAUUUUAAACUAUAUUUAGUUUUAUUAGAAUUUUUGUUAUUUAGAUUCAAAAACUUACAUUUUGCUUGGAUCUAUAUUUUGUUUUUUAUCAGACCUAUAGUCACAGUCUCGAUUGUUAUACUGUUGUGAAAAGAAUUUUAUUUUCAGUUUCUUUUUUUUGCAUUUAAGUUUUUGUUGAAUGACAAUUAAUUUUAUUGGUUACCAAUUUCCAUGAAAAGACAAAAAAUUAUGUCUCACCUUUUUUCAGGGUGAUUGAUGUAUUUUUCAGUCUAUUUCAAAAGUUUGGUGAACUUGUAAGCUCUAGCACCUUGUUGAAGAUCUCACUGUUACUUGGAGAGGAAGAACAGCAAUAAAAGCUUAUCCGUUGCCUUUGGUUUUACCAAGUGUGAGCACAUUUUGUCAUUAAUUUAUGCACGAUAUUACUUUUUUAGUUAACAUUGAAAGGAAACAAUAUUUAACUGGAUUGUUGCACACCAAUGUACUGGUAGUUGUGCAUAUGAAAUGUUUAUGCCAAUCAGAGGAUAUUUUUCAGAGUUAAUGGCCUUUAUAACUUAGAAAAUCUAUACAUGCAUUACUAACUUAAUUCUAUCCAUGCAUCACAACAAAUUGUGCACACAAACUCCUCCGCAGUCUUCAUUUAAAUGAUUAAAUGAGAUGAGACUGGGAUGAUUGUUUAUGGAACCUUUUUUACGGCAAAACUUAACCAAAUUUUGCAGGAAUGAUUGAAGGUCCCCUUCAAACAAUCAUUAUUUUGUUCUGAUCUUACAAAAAAUUGUUGUUAGAGGCAAUCUUUGAUUUUGAUUGGCCAAGUUUCAAAGAAUUUCUUCUCUGAAUCUACAAGGUGACAUACAUUGGUGGCACUUAGCUCAUAAUGAAACCUUAAGAGAAACACAUUUUAUAUUCUAAAACCAUAAGGCUAAUGCGAGUUAAACUUUGAAGGAAUACUGUGGAUUCAUUUAUUUUUCGUGGGUACUAAUUUUCGUGGAUUGAGAAAAACUUGCAUUUUCGUGGAUAUUAAAUUUCGUGGUUUGGCAAAGUCUUCAUACACUCCUUUAGAAAAUUUGUAAUUCGUUGAACUUUUAAAUUCGUGGUUCCCCUGUUCCCACGAAAUCCACGAAAAUUGGUAUCCAACGAAUAUUUAUGAAUUCUCAGUAAUUUAUAGAAGGACCUCUACAAAUGACUGCCAGCGACAUUCAUGUUUUUGAUUGGCCAGUUUUUAAAAAUGUUCUCUUGAAACUACAAGGCAAAAUAUGUCAAAACCUUACAGAAGUUAAUGAUUUGGACUCAAAUUUAUCCAAAAUUGAUAGGAAUAAUGUACAGAAGGUUUUCUAUAAAGGAUCAACAUGCGGUUCAUGAUAAAAAAUGUGGCAUUCUUAGAUUCUUAUUAAACAGCUUUAUAUAACAUCUAACAGGAAUAUAAGUUAAUAUUAUGCAUAGAUACCAUGCAAGCCAUUCUAGCUAUGUUUCACUGUUUAUACUGGAGAUGCUUUAAGUUACUGUUUUUUGCCUAGACUAGAGGAAAAAAGAUAGACAUAUUUGCUUCACUGUGUAAAUUUUUUAGUUUAAUUUGUUUCAUGGGAAAUAGUGACUACAUUAUUUAGUAUCUCUAAAUUUUUGUUGAUGUUAAAAAAUUAACCAAGGAUAGUUACCAUCAUAGAAUUAUAUUCAAUUUAUAAAAAAAAUCAAAAUCUCUUAAGAUUUUAAAUGAAUGUGUUCAGUAUUGAGAAGAAUUGUAACAGUAUUUAAGCAUAGUGUGUAUAUUUUACUGUUAAGUGGGAGAAUUUUAUUAGGGGUUUAUGUUUUUGCUAAUUUCUCAAUUAAGUUAAAAAAAAUUGUGAAAAAUAUUCCCUCGUGUAAAUUUUGAUCUUCAAAAAAAGAUUAGAGUCAAGGACAAGAAAAAAGGGUUAAUGAAACAUAUCAAACUUGUUUGGCCCUUUGAAAUAGGGAAAUUAAAUCUCUGCAAAAAAAUAAUCCACUAGACAGUAUUUAGCACUUGUAUUUCAGAGUAGUAUACAUUACCCCAAAGGGUUUUAUAUUUAUUCAUUAGAACAUCAUACCUGAUUUAUAUAAAAUAGCUGAAAACACAUGCAUAAUGUCCUCAUUGAUAGUCUAUGUAGUAAUGGCUCACAAUUUUAUCAAAAAUAUAUUUUACCAUACUGAAGGAAACAAAGGGUAAGAACAUUCAGAUUUUAUCAAGAUCCCAGUGAUCAUAUAUAUAUUAUUGUUUAUGAUUUAGAUAGAAAUUUAUAUAUAUAUAUAUAUAUCACUAUAAAGUAGACAACAUUCAAAAUUAUUUAUACAGACAAAGGGAAGUGAUAUAAAUUCAUGUCAAUAUUAGCCCUAAAAUUCUGUGAAAUUUAAGUAUAGAUUUUAGUGAUUCGGUUUGACAGAAACUUAUUAAAGAUUACCUGAUAAGAUUUGUUUAAUUUUGUUUUUCUAAUAUAAGUGAGCCCUUAAAAUGCAUUGAAAAACAAAUCUGUUUUUAAUGGGGAAUAAAAUCAUUAAAGCAGUUAUGUCUGAAGGAAACAUGAAAAGAGAUGUAGAUGGUUAAGUAAAAUAUAUGUAUUCAGAAAUGAUACUACUGAUUGGAUAGGAUCUAAACAAUUCUAAUUUCUAGAACAAAAGUCUUGCCUUUUUUAUUUUUUCUGCAUUUUUAACAUAAAAUAACUGAUCAUUAUUGGUCAACAUAUUCAAACACAUUUACAUCAAAUGUAUAUAAUAUCUGAACGAGUGCAAUAUGUUCUUUUGUGUGUUUUAAUGAUACAGAUGUCUUAGUUUGGUUAAAUUUUGCAUUUAGGUGCAUUUGUCAGAAGUCAGUUAUUGUAUAUCAACGAUAGUCCUAUUGUUAGUACUAAGCUGUUAUAAUAGUCACUGUAAUGAAAAACAGUGGUUAAGUUUUACAUUUAGGUACAUUUCUUAGAAAUGAAUUAUAAUAUUACAUUGUUUCAUUAAUGAAUACCAUGCAUUAUAGCCAAAUGUUUGUAACUGACUAACAUUGGAAAGUUUAAGCUUGUCAAAAAGUUUUCAAAGAAUCCGAUACAAUUUUUAUCAUGAACAAGGAUUUUUAUUUUACCUCUCAUUUUUUCAUUCCUUUUAUAUAAGAUACCUUUAUGUCAUGAGGAUUUUUUUCAUUUUUUUUUUUCAUUUUCCUUCAAGUGUAUAGAGUAAACUCCAUUUUGGUUUAUGUAAUCCCAUAGACUUUUUGUUGUAACUGUCUUACAACCAGUAAAAACUUCAAUGGUUAAAAUAUGGAUGAAUUGCAUAUCACAAGCUCAUGGUACAGCUGUUUACUGAGUUGAAAAGUCAAAUAAGAAUGUAUGUAUAUAUCAGUGGUCAUUUAUUAAUUUAAUCCUUAUUUAAUAUGCUUCAUAUUUCUGAAACCCACUUUUUUGUUGAGAUGUGUAACCCAUGUUUUACACACAUAUUCUACAUUUUUAUACGACCGCAAAAAUUUUUGCGGUGAUAUAUUGGUAUUACGUGUCAGCGUCAUCCGAAGACAUUUGGUUUCCGGACAAUAACUUUAGUAAAUCUAAAUAGAAAUCUAUGAAAUUUAAACACAAGGUUUACAACCACAAAAGGAAGGUUGGGAUUGAUUUUGGGGGUUACAAUCUUAACAGUUUAGGAAUUAGUGGACAAAACAGGGCCCAAAUAAGUAUUUUUGUAGUUUCCAGUCAAUAAUUUGUGGAAUGGUGUAUGGAUCUCUCUGAAAUUAUACCACAAGUUUCCCUACCACAAAGGGAGGGUUAGGAUUGGCUUUGGGGGGUUAUGGCUCAAACCGUUUAGGAAUUAGGGGCAAAAAAGGGGGAAAAACAAGGGUUUCCUGGUUAAUGGACAAUUAAAAAAAAGUACAAUGUUAUGUUUGGAUUACCUCCCUUACACUGCUUUUAAAUUAUGUAUAAAGAAAUGUUGUAUUGUCUUGAGGUGAUUAGCUGUCAAUUUAUUUUUAGAAGUUACUAUUUAAAAAUGCUGAUUAAGGAAUAUUAAUUUUAGCCAUGAUUAUGUAUGUCAUAAAAUUUGUUUUUUCUCAUUUCAGAUUUCAGAAAUUAAAAAGAAAAUGUCUUCAAAUAUUUUUUUUUGCAAAAAAAAAAAGAGGGGGGGGGGGGUCAAUUCGCAACAGCAUAGUGUAUUGCACAUAAGCCAAAAGAAAGGGGUAAUUUUUUUUUGUGGGGUUGGGGGGUCAAUUCGAAACAGCAUAGUGUAUUGCACAAAAGCAAAAAAUUUAAUAUAAAUUCAAAUCAUAUAACCAAUUCUAAGUUCUUCGACUACAGUUAUUCUGUGUCAGAAACCUAUUAUGUGUCAAAUAUUUAAUUACAUUCCAAAUUCAGACCUGUAUCAAGCGCGAAUAUUGUGUCCAUUUUUGCCCCAACUGUUCAGGGUUGGACCUCUGUGGUGGUAUCCAGCUGCGCUUGGCGAAGCAAUUUAUUUCAUAUGUAACCGGAAUUUGUCAUUCUUUUAACAGGACAUAAUAAAGAUAAAGAGAGUUACAAGUUAGAUUAAAAUAUGAUUUCCAUAAUAUUCAUAGAGGACAAACUGUAGGUUUAUAUUUUCAUUUGCAUGUUGGAUGCCCCCUUAAAAAUUAGCAGUCUUUAUGAAACUGUAGCAUGACAAUGUUUACUUUUGUGUCUCUUUUGUAUAUCAAUCUUAAAUAUCAUGUGAUUAAUCUUAUGAAGUUGUACAAGAUUGCAAUCCACCCUUCCCUCCAAAAAAAACUUCAACAAAAAUUAUUUCAUUUGUUGUCUUUAAUCUUUUUCAAUACAUAGGAAGUUCAAAAGAUGGGGCGGGGGGGUGUCCUCCUCCCUUGUGGCCAAAUUUUUUUGUUGUUUUUGUACAUUUUCUGAUUUUUGACUGCCCUCCUGAGAAAAAAUUAUGGAAAAUUGAAGAUAAUUAAUUUGGUAUUUUUCAGCUUUCAAUAUAUGAUUUGAUUUGAUUUGAGUUAUUAACAUUAAGUUCUUUACCUUCUGAAUUAAAACAAUUGUACCGUUUGUAUUAUUAUUAAUUUUUCAAGGAUUUAAUUUAAAAAUGGUUACGAAGAACAAAAACCUGGUGCAUUCAUGCAUAAUUUAAAGUUGCACAGAAUUAUAAUCAUAUAUAGGUGUUACAUUUUCUGAUUAUGGGUACCUUUUACACACACAAAAUUGUAACCAUUUUAAUGUUUUACAUUUAAUCGAUUUUAAUUUGUUAUGAUUUUUAUGUCCCGAAAACAUACAGUUUAGUGGGGUUUCAUCAUAUAUUGAUAAUUCAUUAUAUAAUUGUGUGUGUGUAAGUAUUUUUUAAUUGCACUGUAAAAUACUGCAUACUUUCUCUUGACACGCUACAGUAUUCCAUCCACAAUCAUCCUCAUAUUCCGUCCACUUUAUAUGUUCUGUUUUUAUCUUGCAUUCCAGAUUUUUUAUUUUUACUGGUAUUGUAUUAUUUUAUAAUUUUAUGGUUAUUUUAAAAAUUCUUAUACGGAUAAUAUUUACAAGAGUUAAUUAAUACAAACAAAUGUGUUUAAUUUAAAACAAAAGAUGAAAUAAAAUAUACCAAUGUGA